UUGCUAUCCGUUGUCAUUCUUGUCUUUGUAGCUGUCAGAACAUUCAGCAUUCCGAUCAUUCUCAUGCCCGGUUAUGGGCUUGCUCGAUAUUCACGAUGAAAGAACAGGUUCCGAGUCCCACUUACUUUUCCAAGGAGCAAAUAGCUUCAUAUCUCUCCGAGCUCCGCCAACCGCCACCUGCACGACCAUCCGGCUCACGACCAGCACCUCCAUCUAAAUUGGGCAGCUUGCGGCGAACCGACACGGUUGCGCCAGCAGAAGCAGGACACAGCGACCGGCGGCAGUUGUCCACCUGCGCCAGCCUGCCAAUGAUGGAGUCGACUACCAAGCCAUCGGGCAGUCGCAGUCCCUUUGCUGGACGACCACUGGCACGAGCACCUUCCAGAUCUCCCGAGCCAUCUGGGCCAUCACAAUCGCCAGCACUGUCCGCGGCGCCCUCAAUGUCAGCUCAACAGGCGCGUCCUCGACGGACUCCGAGCAUGACAUAUAUGGAGAAUGGUCUGCGCUGGAUGGAGAAGCAGGAGACACGGUCAUUAAGCCAGGCACUGGCGGACAUGGAUCUGGAGGCGGAGCGGAAAAUGCAUGCGGCAGCACAAGACGAGGCGGCCAUGCUGGUGUGGAAACAUCAGAAUCCAGAAGCAAUCAGCGGCCCUUAUGUCAACCCGGACCUCAGGACGCGAGACUAUCGUUCGCAUCUACGCAAAGGCAGUUAUCAUCGUAGCCACAGCCAAGAUGCACACUCGUCUAGCGGCUCACAUAGCGCAUCGGACGGCAGCCAAGCAUCACCCACAGGCGAGAGCGCCAUGCUCCCCACAGGUCUCAACAAUGCGCAAGUGCCUCGCAAAGUCAGCCCUCCAACCGGCAGAGUGUCUGUGCAGAAAAGGCGAGGUUCGAGCAGCAAGAGCUAUGAUGAAUUGGCUGAAGUCGUGGCACAGGACAUCGCGAUCGCGCAUCGAAGGAGCAGUAGCGGCAGCAAACGCAUCAUGAGUGGAGAGAAGAAGAAGUUCAUGAGCCCGGACGAUCGAAUUUGGGAAGAUCCAGAGGAGGGCGCUGCGCCGGCGAUGCAACAAGAUGGUACGAAUCAGCAAGUCAAGGACUCAGGCGCGUAUGCUACUCAGGCACAGCCAUCACAUGUUCGCAGAAACCCUUUCGCAAGAGUCAGAGCACAAUAUGAGAAAAGUUUGGAGCGCUCCAAUUCAGCGCCGGCUCUGCAAACCCUUAACGGCAUAUCGCCGCCGAGACAUGAACGAGUCGAAAUUCAGAGAAAUCCACCGAGUCAGAGUCGGAAUGCUUUCUACACCUCGAACGAGGUCGUGCUUCCGCCAACUCCACCUAUUGAGCUUCAGCAUGAGCCAGAUGAUGUGGCACCAAAGACCACAAAAAUGGCCGACGGCAGGGAGAUUCGAGGAGAUGAUAUACGGGCCGCAACCAGUAAGUCGAGGAGUGCAUACAGCCCAAAUUUGCCUCGGCCGACAAUUGUCAGUGACAAGCCUGGACGACCGAUUGUCAGCUUUCAAAAGGAUUAUAAGCCGAAGGAGAUCGUGAUGGAAGAGCAGCAUGCGACUGCCUUGCCAACAGAAUCUCCAUCUCCCAGUUCCCCUCAAAUGGGGAACGUGGAUACCUCGCCAUCCAGAAUUCCUACCAAGCCUGGAAGUAGUCCAUUCAUCCAAAGAGCAUUUGACGAGAGCCCCGUAAAAUCUCGUGUGUCACCAAGGGGUGAAUCGGAGUCGCCCACGAAGAGCAGGAUUCCGAAAAUCAACGUGAGCGAUGUCCCCAAAUGGACGCCGUCUGUUCAACCAUCUACUUCCCCCACUCGACAGUCUGUUCUCCCUCCCGUGCCAACAAUCCGCGCGCCACAUAUCCCACACAUACCUACGAUAUGUCCGCCAGAGGAGGAGUCGACACCAGUGCCUGAGGUGCGGACUGUCAGCGUCGACGUAGAGACGCCUCCAGUCGGCGAAUCACCCACCAAGUCAAGUAGGAUGUCACAGCGACCAUCGCAAGCGGCCGUUGCACCAUCGCCUGGCCGUCCGCUUCCUCGACAUGCAAACACCACUCCCAUCCCACAGAGCAAGUCAACACCCCACUACACGCCGUCGAUUCGAGCAUCCAGUACAUUGUGUGCGCACUGUGCACUUCCGAUUGCCGGUCGAAUUCUGAGUGCAGCAGGGGAGCGUUUUCAUCCUGGAUGCUUCGUCUGCCACCAAUGCAACACAAAUCUAGAAUGUGUUGCGUUCUAUCCAGAGCCUGAGCGACAACGAGCAGCGCGACUCGAAGAUCCGGACAGUGCUGGGGAAGACCCGACACUACGAUUCUACUGCCAUCUUGACUUCCACGAGCUUUUCAGUCCUCGGUGCAAAUCCUGCAAGACUCCCAUCGAGGGGGAAGUGAUAGUGGCUUGUGGAGCGGAAUGGCACGAAGGGCACUUUUUCUGCGCACAAUGUGGCGAUCCAUUUGACUCGAGCACGCCAUUCGUGGAGAAGGAUGGACACGCGUGGUGUGUCGGGUGUCAUACGAAUCGAUACAGCUCCAAAUGUCGGAAGUGCAAGAAGCCGGUGACGGACGUGGUUGUCAAAGCUCUUGGUUCGGACUGGCAUAGCAAUUGCUUCACAUGCAUGGAGUGUAAUGGCGAAUUUGCGGACGGUAGAUACUUUUUGCGUGGCGAUAGUCAAGACUGCCCAGUAUGUGUGAGUUGUGAAGAGAGGAGGCUGAAAGCAGCUUAGUGUCGGCAUGGUGAAACCCUAAGCUCGAGAUUGCAAUAACAACAAGGUAAUAUACCUCCUAGUGCCCUCGCGCAGUCAUAGCACGCACAGCGCCUUCUGGGUAACAGAGAAACAGUACCGACGUAUGGACGGUACUCGUGUUCAUCAUGCAAGCUAUUGGGCAAAUAGGUGUGCUCGAAACGUAGCCGAGAGGCCACUGCUAAUGUCCUACCUCCUAAUACAACGUUAGUACAGGUACCUAUGUUGGUCGGUACAGGUACCUAUCGUCUGCACCGCUCCUGUACCUCAUGGACAGCACAGGCUACCUCCUGUGACGACGGAGUCCAAGUCCGUACGAUCAAUAUAUCUUACGUGAUAGACGUGUGAUAUGCUGAUAGAAAUGUCAAACUUAUAUAGUAGCAUAAAUU